UCUAAUGAGGAACAACUUCUCUCUUUUCUUAAUUUUUUUCUCUUCUCUUAGUUUCAGCCAGCAAGGAAGAUAAAAAGAGCAACUAUCGUACUUUUGUCACUGUCUCUUUGGGCCGUUUCAGACGCUUUAGAUUUAUCAUAUGCAGAUUUCACCAAUAUUCUAAAUUAAAAGAGAUAAUCAUUCAUAAAAGGGACUAAAAAUGGAGGUUGUUGCAUCUAACACAAUUUCAUUCACGAAAACUGACAAAAAGCUCUGAUAAGAGUGGAGAUUUAAUUUGAACGUAAUCUGAGCAAACCAGAAAUUCCUUCAGCUGAAGAGAGAAAGGAAGAAAGAAAAGGAGUUAGAACCAGUCAAUAAGACCCAUAUUUAGCUUUUGUUAUAAUUCUUAGUUCUGUGAGAAAAGACAAUUUCUUUUUCUUGUUUGCAAGUGUACAAUGGUGAAAAACACAUCUGUAAAUUAAUCUAUGUUGUACUCAAAGAAAGAAACGGUGAAAGAAUAGAAAGAAACAGUAAAAGAGCACAAAGAGGAUUCGAUAUGACUUCGUAUAGAAGGAGGAAACUUGAGAUUGAUAUUGUAUUAAAAAAUUACAAUUUGAUUAAAAAGCAAGUUAAAAGUGAGAAACACAGAGUAGACAGAGAAGAACGGAAGUGUGCGUGUGAGGAUUGAGUGGGAAAAGAGAGCACCUGAAGACAUCUACGGUGACGAGAGGAAGAUAUGCGUGGGUUUGGGUUAAUUCUUCUUUUCCGAACACACGUGAAAUGUUAAACUAAACAGCUUUUAUUGGAAAUUAUGUUAGAUUUAGGGUUUUAGAUCAAAUAUGUCACCUUUUUACAUACAUUAAGGACUAUAUUUGUUAAAGGAGAUAUAUCAAGGACCAAAAUAAAGCAUCCCCAACACAUUAAGGACCAUUUUGAUCAUUUCCUCUCCGUAUUCCAACAAACCCUGUUUUCUUCUUUCAUCUCACCUAGGCAUCCCUCGAUUCAUCAAUGCAUAGACAUAGUCCGUGUACAUUGUCGUUCCAUGGAAACUGAAUUGCAGAGGUAAAAUAAGAAGAAGCCAGCAAAAACCCAAGUUGUAAUCUCCGAAUCGGAUGCAGCUGUUUCAUCUUCCAGUGAAAGUCAAUCAAAGGAAAUCCUCAGUUUGAGCUUGGCGUCUCUGAAGAUUUUUUUUUGAUAAGGUAAACUCCAAUCUUUUCCAACCUAAUCGCAUGGAAAGUAUAGUUUUGAGUUUGCUUGAUGAAACGAAUUGGGAAGAGAUAUUGUGGUAAGUAGGCUGCUGUAAUUAGAGACCCAAUUAAGGAAAAACGUGUUUGGUUGAGUACCUUUAGCAUUGCUCAGGAGGCUUAUUUGGUCAAACAUUGUGAAUUUGCUGCACAACUAGACAUCAAGAUUGUAGUCAAUCCCCUGCUUCUCCCCAACUCAUGCAUGAGAAAAGACCCUUACUUGGAGUUGAAUGGCAAAACAUGGGGAGAUAUCGUUCUGCCAGAUUGAGAAAAAAAUGCAAGCAUUCUUGGGGUACUCUUGAAUUUGUUAAAGAGGCAUUCAAAGGCUUUAACUCUAACACGCACGAAUAUGAGGAAUUAGGUAUGAUCAAGCAAGGGAAAGAAUCCUUAAUUCAUGUAGAAUCUUCUAAAGAAACCUCAUGUUUAAUGGCUAAUGUCCAUAGCACAAAAUCAUCUGAUCAUUGUGAUAUGGUAGCAAGUGAUCGUAAAGCCAGGAGAAGCUUACUUGGAGUCCGCAAGCAGAAAAAUGGGAGGUAUGGUGCUGUGAUUACGGACCCAAUUAGGCAUAAGAAAGUAUGGUUGGCCACCUUUGAUACUGCUCAAGAGGCUUCCAAGGCUUAUUUGGUGAAGCAAUGUGAAUUUGCACGACUAGCCGAGGUUAAUGGCAAAAGACACUUAAGCAAAGUCCAAAGGCUAAAAUCAGGAAGGUGUCGUACUUUGCUGAGAGACCCUAUUAAGAAAAAGGAUGUUUUUUUGGGAAACUUUGAUACUGCUGAAGAUGCUUCCAAGGUUGAUUUCUCUAAGAAGGGCAAGGUAGAGAAACUAGUAAUGAUUAAAGAAGGGAGCAUAUCGAUAACAUGUGAAGAAUCUGAGCUUGAAUCAUCUGCUGUAGCCACACCUGCAGUGACUGGUAAUCAGAGUUUGAAUCAAACUGAUGGGAUUAGUAAUGAAAGAAGCACUUCCUUUGUAAAAAGACCCUUACUUGGAGUUGAAUGGCAAAAUAUGGGAAGAUAUAACAAAAAGAAAAGAUUGGAUGCACUUGAAUCUGUUGAAGAGCCCGCCAAAGGCUUUUGCUCGAACAUGCAAGAAACAGAGAAAUUAGUAAAGGUCAAGCAAGGGAAAGGACCCGUAAUUCAUGAAAAAUCUUCUAGAGAGACCACGUGUUCAAUGGAUAACGUUCAAGGUGCAAAAUUGUCUGAUGGGUGUGAUACUCCAGGAGACAAUCCUGAUGCCAGGAGAAGCAUAAUUGGAGUCCGAAGGCAAAAGAAUGGGAGGUAUGGCGCUGUGAUUACAGAUCCAAUCAGGCAUAAGAAGGUAUGGAUCGGCACUUUUGACACUGUUGAAGAAGCUUCACAAGCUUAUUUCUCCAAGAAGUGUGAGUUCGAGAAAUUAAUCCAGAGUAAACAAGGGAACAAACCAAAGAGUUAUGAACAACUUCAGCCUGAAUCAUCCGAUGAGUGUAAUACUGUAACAAGCAAUCCUAAAGCCAAGAGAAGCUUACUUGGAGUCCGAAGGCAAAAGAAUGGGAGGUAUGGUGUUGAACCGGAAUCAUUUAGGGGAGCAUUAUCUCCUCUGGCUAAUGAUCAGUCCUUAAAUACUGUUGGUUUAAGUAGAAGUGGAAGAAGCAAUUCUCCCGAAACAUCACACUUCAUUGGGGUUCGCAAGAGAAAUUCUGGGAAUUAUGCUUCCGAGAUUAGAAACCCCAUUAGUAAGAAAAGAAUUUGGUUAGGGACUUACGGUACUGCUGAAGAGGCUUCCCAGGCUUAUCAAUCUAAGAAGCUCGAGUUUCAGAAACUACUCAAGGUGAAGCAGCAGUGCAAUAAGCAAAUAUCUCGUGCAAGGGAGAUUCAGGAUGGGAAAAGGAAAUUAGUCAAUGUCAAGCUAGGACAUGAAACUGUAAAUCAUGAAGAAUUUCAGUUCGAAUCAGCUGGUGGAGCCUCAUCCUUAGAAAUUGAUGUUCCAAUAUCAAAUUUAUCUGAUGGAGGAAGUGACCAGGGGAUUGAUUUUCACGAAAUAAGCCACUCCAUGGGGGUUCAAAAGAGAAAAUCAGGAAAAUAUACUUAUGAAAUUACAAAUCGCAUUAGUAUGACAAAAAUGUCGUUGGGGUCUGUAAGCCCUACUGAAGAAGCUUUCCAUGUUGAGCAGUCAAAGAAAUUCGAAUUUCAGAGCUCAAAGAAUGUCGAGCUGCAAAGCAAUCCAACUGAUUCUAGUGCAGGUGAGAAGCAAGCAGGUCAAGAGGAUGAAGAUUUGUGGAUGGGCCGAUGGGUCCAACUUCCAGGUGAUAGGGCAGUCAAAUUUUCACUCCAACUAGGCUUACCGAUCAUUGAUAACUAUGGAUCUCUUUUAGAGAGGUUCAGUCAAGAGGAGGGAGUAGGAGAAGAAGGGUGCUGUUAAUAAGAUUCAGAAUGAAGUAUGAAAAGUCUUGUAUUCGAUGUUGGCUACUUACAUAUGUACGUAUACAGCUUUUGAGUGGGAACAAGAUUGCCAUUGUAUCAGCUAUAUUCAUGAAAAAUAUUAUGAGAAAGGUAAGGCAUAUCUGAUUGAAGAUUACACUAAUAUAUGUUCCUUAGCUCUAUUAUGCCCGCAAGUAGGGGGUGUCUCAACAACACCUAACUUGGUAAGUUGUCGCUGGUAAUGAGUCUUGGGCAAAACUCGGUGAGAACAUUUGCUAUCUGGUCUGCGGUGUAGACAUGCAUGACAUGAAGGCAAUGUUUUUGCCCUUGUUUACGUGUAAAAUCAAAAUCAAUGGCAAUAUGCUUCAUGUGGCUGUGAAAGACUGUUUCCUAUGUUGUCACAGUAGACUGUAGGAGGUGUCAAGAGGGUCACACGAAAUUCAGAUAGGAGAUCUUGAAUCCAAUUGGAUUCUGCUACCGCGCCAACAACAGCACGAUAAUUCAGCCUCAGUGGAUGAUCGCACUGGAUCGAUCAGUAAUAUCGCCUGCCCUAUCUGCAUCAGGGUAUACAUGAUGUGUAUUAGGAGAAUUACGAUGAAGAAGCAUGCUGUGAAGCAUUGUGUGCUUGAGAUGUUCGAGGAGACGCUUCAUUGCUUGCCAGUGGAUGGUGGAAGGUUUGUUCAUGAAUUAUGAGAGUGUUGACAGCAACUGUUAUCUGAGCGUGUAAAGGAGAGCUACGGAAGCUUUCUGAUUGCUGCACGGUAUUGUUUCUGAUAACCAUCAUUGGAGGAGAAGAGAAUGGUAUUUUAGUGGCUGAAGUUUGUGUGUCUUCCAUGAAUUAGCAAUGAAGAUGCAGCAGUUAAGAAAAAAAGGAUCGAAUGGAGUUUACUCUUUUGAGUUUUGGAGGAGCUAUAAUUCCAUAUAAGAUUCAAAAUGAAGUAUGAAAAGGCUUGUACAAUGUUGACUAAUGAUGUGUAUCCAUACAGCUUUUGAGUGGGAACAAGAUGCCAUAGUAUCAGCUAUAUUCAUGAAGAAUGCUAUGUUCUUUUCUAACUAGAAGCAGGAUGCUAUAACUGACUCCAUUGAGUCCGUCUGAGCGGAUCCAAAAGGUUUUGGAUCGUGUAAAUUAGCUGCAUUCUUUGUGCGGUGUGCUAAGGGUUGGUUUUUGGAAAAACUGGGAGUGAUGUGCAUCCAAUUGCAUUAAACAAGCCCGAGACAGUCCACUAACAUCAGCAAAACCAGCCAUACUGAAGACCGGAAGAAAAGUCCGAUAUCAGAAGCUAAAAGAUGUAGCUGGAAUGCUGUUUGUGCUGUGGACUUAGAUGGAUACUAUCAGAACCAAUUGCUCUUGCAUUGGAGGUUAUUCAACAGUCUUCUUGAAUUUGAAACUGAUCAUAUUACUCAUGAAGACUUCAGCAACAAGAAAAUUGAUAUGUUUGAAGAGACGCCUCUUCUUGUAUGCGGGAUUGAUCGAGCUAAGGUUAGUUGUGUUAAAUCGCCUGAUAUUGAUAGACUUGGAUGCUAGUUUGUAGAAAGGUGAUGAUAAAUUAUGCAGUUUGAAAGACUAUGUUUUUCCACAUUACAUUAUUAUUCGUGCUUUGAUGAAUUAUGUUAUUUCACAUAAUACUUUCUCCAUUCCAAAAAGAAUCUCCUUAAUAGACCGUUAAAAUAGAAUGUCACUUUUCUAAAUCGGGAAACAGUUUAAACUUCUCGUUUACCAUUAAUAACAAACUUUUAUAGCCACGCAAAUAUUAUGGCAUAUUUUAGACCAUAAGUUUUAAAUUUUUUAUAGCCAUACAAAUAUUACUGUAGCAUAUUUAAGACCACAGUUUUCAAGAGUCUUUUUCUGUUUUUUCCUUAUAAAAAAAAACUUCAUUCCUUUAUUAAAUUCCAUGCGCACUCAAGGUAUUUUUUUCUCUUAAAUUCUGUGCAUGGUCAAACUACGCCAUAUAAAUGGAAACAAGGCGAGCAAUUAAUUACCUUAACUUUCUUUUUUCCAGAUCAAAUUUACAAACAACAUUAAGUUGAAAGUGGAUGAGACUUCUAUAUGUAGGAACGAAGAUGGUGCUGAUGUAAAGGAGGGAGACAUGGAGUGUAUGCAGAGGCAAAGUCAGAAUAUAAAGCUUAUAAGUUAGAAUUUUAACCCUUUCAAUUUAUUGAGUUCUGAAUUAAUAAUUUGUACAUAUUAAAUGGAUUUCUUAAGACAAAUACAAAGUUUGGACUAAAGUUACUGAGUUAGGCUGAACUCGUACUUUGAUCUCUAGCUCUGCCCCUAGUAUAUGUUAUUGCUUUUAGGUUGAGACUUAUUUUAUCUCACUUAUAAAUAUAUACUUAUUUUAAGGACGAGUGUUACUAUUUGAAAUGAUUGUGCGAGACACGUUAAUAUAUAUAUAUGAUUUGGUUGUAUAGGUCAAAAAUUAUAUCUUGUUGUUAAAAUUAUCUAUGAUCACCUUACUAUCUUGUUGUCUUUAUUCUGUUUUUAUAUGGCUUUUGGUGCUGUCCCUUAUCUAUAUUUUCACUAAUGUGGUGCUUAUACUUUCCUGAGCCGAGGGUCUAUUGGAAACAACUUUUCUAUCCUCACAAGGUCGCCAGGCGUCAUCAAUGCAACUCUGAUAGAGGUCUUCCCAGGACUGAAGUGGCUCUAGAAACAAUGAAGGUUGCAGUUGAAAAGUCAGCAAGGAUUAUGAUCGAGGAGUCAUCAAAGAUCGAGGUCGAGGUCGAGGUCGAACAUCCUGACAAAGUUAUAACAACUAGUUCCCAUAUAGGACAUUAAAGAGAAUAUUCUAGUGGAUAUUCUCUGCACUUAUACUAUUAAGGUUUCUAGAAACAUGUUCCCUAUAAAUAGAAAAAGACACAAUGAUAGGGGACACGAGAUAUUCAUUUGUAAAGAACAUAUUGACUUUAUAGAGAGAGUCUGAUCUUAUUGCAUAGAUACAAAAAUAACUUUU